UCGAUCUCCACCACGCACCCCCUACCUACCCGCCCGAAAAUGCCCUCCGGCUCCUCCCUCCAGAUCCCCACCUACCCGCCACCAGAAUCCGAAUCCGACGAGACCUGGGUCUGGACCCAAAUCAAAGCGGAGGCGAUCCGCGACGCAGAAUCCGAACCCGCCCUCGCCAGCUACCUCUACGCCACCGUCCUCUCUCACCCAUCGCUCGCUCGAUCUCUCUCCUUUCACCUCGCCAACAAACUCUGCUCCUCCACGCUGCUAUCCACUCUCCUGUACGAUCUCUUCUUGAAUAUUUUCUCGCAUCAUCCAACUGUGUUGUCGGCGGCUGUCGCCGAUCUGAUCGCCGUCAGGCACCGGGACCCAGCGUGCGUGUCGUUCUCUCAUUGUCUUUUGAAUUUCAAGGGGUUUCUUGCGGUUGAGGCGUACCGAGUUGCCCAUGUACUCUGGGCCCAAUCCCGACGCCCUCUAGCCCUAGCUCUCCACUCUCGCAUAGCCGAUGUCUUCUCCGUUGACAUCCAUCCCGCUGCCAAGAUCGGCAAGGGCAUCCUCCUCGACCACGCCACUGGUGUCGUGAUUGGGGAAACUGCCGUAGUUGGCAACAACGUCUCAAUCCUCCACCACGUAACCCUAGGUGGAACCGGGAAAGUUGGAGGAGACCGUCAUCCAAAGAUCGGUGAUGGGGUUCUGAUUGGAGCGGGAGCGACGAUUUUGGGGAACAUUAGGAUUGGAGAAGGAGCGAAGGUUGGGGCUGGCUCACUUGUGCUGAUCGAUGUGCCGCCAAGAACCACUGCUGUCGGGAAUCCAGCGAGGUUGAUAGGAGGGAAGGAGAAGCCUUCGAGGCUGGAGGAUGUGCCUGGGGAAUCAAUGGAUCAUACUUCCUUCAUUUCGGAGUGGUCGGACUAUAUUAUAUGAUCAUGUAUGGAUUUUUCUCUCCGGCUCUCCUUGUGUCUCUUUCCUUGAUUCACGUUCUAUAUGUGAGUUAACAUGAAUAUGUGUCCCCGUGGUGGUUACAGUUACACGUAUCUUAUGUUAUGAAGAUAUCUAUUUAUGAGUUAUGUGAUUUUGAGACUCUUUAGAGUA